UCGUUUUAGAAAUAUUUUAAAAUGUAAAAAAGGAUCAAUUAUAUAAUGAUCAUAUUUUUAUUUGAUUUUACGUAAUUGGAAAUAUUCUGGUAAAACCAAUUUUGUUAUGAUUUAAGUUAAAUUAUAUUUCUUUAAGAAUAAAAUGUUUCUUUGUGCAAACAAUUUGAAAGUUUAAUAAUCCUAAAAUAUGUUUUCUUGUAGAAAAAUUUUGAAGUUUUACAUUACAAGCAAAUAUAAAUUAUUAAACAUUUAUAGUAGAGGCGAAUACGAGUACUACUGUUACUCAUUAUAUAUCAUAGAAAUAUGAACAUUUUGCCGAAAGUAAUUUGUUUACUUUGACGAGACAAGUGCGAUCGAUUAAUCGUAUAUAAUAUUAUUAAAAAUCGAUAACUGUUAAAAUAAAUGGAAUGGCAACGUCGAACAUCGAGUAUACGAUGGAUAAAUAUUUGUACGCGAGCAUCUUCGAAUUUCUUAAAAUUUCUCUUAACUCAAUGAAAAUCAAUCUAUCGAUUACCGAUAAUUCUUGACAAAUGUUAGAAAAUAGAGGAUAAAAAGUUAAUCAAAGUAUAGAAUGACAGAUGAUAACGUAAACUUUUCGUUUAAUUGGAAAAAUAAAAAUAACUGCAUUCGGAUGUAUAAUAAAAAUCAUGACAAAGUAUACAAUAACGCGACAACAUUAAAUACAAAAUAUUCUAGUGAUUUCAGUCAAAGUGAUCCUACCGAAAAUCCAUCAAUCGUGGAUUUAGGUGGACAAUUUCAUGAAAAACUAAAAAGCUCAUCUUCCGGGUCAGAGUUUCGUUUCAUUAAUCCAGCUAUUUAUGUUGAAUCUUUAAGUACUGAAGACAACGAGAAAGAGACUACCACAAAUAUCAGGAUAGGCAUUAAUCAUACGAACAACAAUACCGAAAUAUUAAAUAAUGGUGAUGCAAACGAUUGUCGAUUCGUUGAAUUUGAUAGCGGUGAUGGAAUUAAAAAAACAACUGAUAUGUUAUCUAAUUUGUCCUUGAAAAAAGCAAUAGUCUCUUCGAGGGGUGAUAUUGCUACCGAUGACAUUUCCUCACCGGAAACUUAUCGGUGUUAUUUUUCAACGUCAAGCACAGCUUCAUCCGUUGGCGCAUGUUCUGCUCGUCAUUCCGAAUCUGUUGUUAAUGUAAAACCAGUUUCUCAUCGGGUCGAAAGACGAUGUAAAAUUCUAAAUGAUGAAAUUAUUAAAAGAGAUCAACGAAGACCAUUUUCGUCCAACGGCAUGGUCGUCGGCAAGGAAAUGGAUCAACCAGAAGCACAAGUUCAGAGAUAUAUUUUAAACGGUCAUCGAGUCGUACAUAUUUCAACAACAUCAAUCUCAAGCUCGAAUAUUUCUCAAAUGGAUGACGAAUCUUUAAUGGCCAGAAAGAGUGCUCACGAGGAAUGGUUGCGCAAAAAACAGAUCUAUCUUCAACGAAAGAAAGAAAAAGAAGAUAUGAUGAAAACUAAAGAACGGGAGGAAGAAGAGAGAUUAGAACGGGAAAGGGAAGAAAAGGAAAGGAGGGAAAGGGAGAAUUUUGUCAAAUGGACUGAAAGGAAAAAGAAAGAAGAAGCGGAUAAAAAAGCAGCCCUUGAAAACGAAAUGAAAAUGGAAAAACAAUUAAAGGAAUUAGAGGAAAAGACGGUCAUUGCUAAGGCUUUAUGUCUGCGACAGUGGGCUCGUAAAAAAGAAGAGGAACAGAAAGCACAAGAAAAAGCAUUGCAGUUGAAAGAACAACAAGAGGAGGAAGAACGGAAAAGGAGACAAGAGGAGAGUGUUAAAGCUUAUGAAGAUUGGCGGGAAAAAUCGAGAAACCGACCUAAACCCGCAACGCAGGGAUUAUUUCCACAUCAAGCAGCAAAGCCAGGAUUUAUAAACCCAACUCCAUGGCAAAAGCUAAUCGAAGACGAUUCGAACGACGACCAAGAGGACGGUAAAAAGACCAAAAUAAAAAGAAGACAAAAUAAAAGAAAAAAUAAAUAAUUAAAAGAGAACAUUAACAUAAUCUCGUUGAGAGAUUUAAGGACCCAUUGAUUUCGACCUCGGUUAUCAUUUGUAAGAUUUACAGUUUUAGAUGCGGUCGUACUGUUUUGUUUUUAUAAGUAUUGUAUUUAAAACGUGUAUGUCAGAGAAAGAGUCUUGAGGAAUGGCUAUAUUUGACAUUAACAUAAUAUAUCAGCUUAAUAAUUUUAUUAAUAUUAUUUAAUAUGUUAAAUCGGAUUCUGAUCGAUUGACGAUUAUUCAUCUACUGUCCGAGUUAUAUAUAUAUAUAUAUUUGUUUUAUUUAAUUAAUUAUAAAUUAUAAUUCAUUACAAAAUAUACACGACAAAAGAAAUAUAUUUAUAGUUAAAUCAAAUAUAGGAUGAAAAUAUAAUCGAAGGAAUACAUUGGUAGACUAGAGGUACGUGCCCUCAUAAACUUAACAUCAUUCAUUUAAAUUAUUUCAAUUAAUAAUACAUUUGUUUUUAGCGGCGCGAUCAUGAUAGUAUUAUUGUGCGACAAUGCGCAGGAUAUAAAUACUACAUGUUCCUAAUAAACUUGACACGAUAGGGAGUACAUUUGUUAAGAGUAUCAUCUGUGAAUAAAAAUACAGUGCUUAUAUUA